AUGUUCUCCGCCGGUCUCAGGCAGUUUGCCGGCCGCAACGCCUACCGCGCUGCCACACGCAACUUUUCGAGCACCCCGCGAGCCCAGCGCAUAAUCACCAGCGCACCGCUGAGAGCCAAGGAGGCCUCUGGUGCCAUUGGACACAAAUACCCUGUUAUCGACCACGAAUAUGACGCACUUGUCGUCGGCGCUGGAGGCUCGGGACUGCGAGCAGCAUUCGGUCUGGCAGAGGCGGGAUUCAACACAGCAUGCAUAUCAAAGCUCGCGGGCCUGCCCGCACUUACAUUUAAUUUCGUUACGCGAGCCCUCGUUUAUUUUCGAUCAGACUGGCUGGGUGAUCAGGAUGCCAUCCACUAUAUGACACGAGAAGCACCACAGUCUGUAUACGAGCUGGAGAACUACGGCUGUCCAUUCUCGAGAACCGACGACGGAAAGAUCUACCAGCGAGCUUUUGGUGGUCAGUCGCGCGAAUUUGGCCAGGGUGGACAGGCAUACAGAUGUUGUGCUGCGGCAGACAGAACGGGCCACGCUCUCCUGCACACGCUCUAUGGUCAAUCACUCAGGCAUAACACAAACUACUUUAUCGAAUUCUUUGCCAUCGACCUGAUCAUGGAGGAUGGCGAGUGCAAGGGUGUCAUUGCUUACAACCAGGAAGACGGAACACUCCACCGCUUCCGUGCCCACAAUACCGUCCUGGCUACUGGUGGCUACGGCCGUGCUUACUUCUCCUGCACUUCUGCACACACAUGUACAGGUGAUGGCAUGGCCAUGGUAGCUCGCGCCGGCCUUCCAAACCAGGAUCUCGAAUUCGUCCAAUUCCACCCAACUGGUAUAUAUGGCGCUGGCUGCUUGAUCACUGAGGGCUCUCGUGGCGAGGGUGGUUAUCUGCUCAAUAGCGAGGGUGAACGAUUCAUGGAGCGCUAUGCUCCAACUGCUAAGGAUCUUGCUUCGCGCGAUGUUGUCAGUCGCAGUAUGACCAUGGAAAUCCGCGAGGGUCGUGGAGUAGGCCCCGAAAAGGACCACAUCUACCUCCAGCUCUCUCACUUGCCACCUGAGAUUCUUCACGAGCGUCUUCCAGGUAUCUCUGAGACGGCAUCCAUCUUCGCUGGUGUCGACGUUACCAAGCAGCCAAUUCCCGUCCUGCCGACUGUUCACUACAACAUGGGUGGUAUUCCCACUAGAUACACCGGAGAAGUCAUUACUGUCGACGAGAAAGGCAAUGAUAAGGUUGUUCCUGGGCUUUUCGCUUGCGGUGAGGCUGCUUGUGUGUCCGUCCACGGAGCCAACCGUCUUGGUGCAAACUCCCUCCUCGACUUGAUCGUUUUCGGUCGCGCUGUCAGCCACACUAUCCGUGACAACUUCUCACCGAACCAACCACAUAAGGCUCUUUCCAGCGACGCUGGUGCAGAGGGCAUUUCCACCGUCGAUGAAAUUCGCACUGCUGAUGGAGACUUGAGCACAUCUGAGAUCCGAAGCGAGAUGCAGAAGGUGAUGCAAUCUGAUGUAUCUGUCUUCAGGACCCAAGAGUCGCUUGACGAGGGAGUCAAGAGAAUCAACGAGGUCGAUAAGAAGUUCCAUCGCGUCGCCACCAAGGAUCGCAGCAUGAUCUGGAACAGCGACUUGGUCGAGACUCUUGAGCUCCGCAACCUGUUGACGUGCGCCGUCCAGACUGCCGAAGCCGCUGCCGUACGCAAGGAGUCACGAGGAGCACACGCCCGCGAGGACUACCCAGACCGAGAUGAUAAGAACUGGAUGAAGCACACUCUGACCUGGCAGAAGAAGCCCCACGAGAAAACCGACAUCUCGUAUCGUGGAGUUGUCGCGACCACUCUUGAUGAGGCAGAGUGCAAGGCUAUCCCGCCGUUUGCUCGAAAGUACUAAAUAGAUACCCGUGGACUAUAGAUGCAGAUAUGCACAAUCCCAGAAACUGCGCUGGCCGUGGAGUCGACCGGCAUUAGAAGCAGAUUUCCACGAGGAAGAGGAAGAUCAGCGGGCCCGGAGCAGCAUUUCGUGCCUUGGGUAGCGUGGGCGUCAAUGUAGUUCUGUACAUACUAGCAUACAUUCGAGACAUGUUCAAAAGCGC